ACCGAGGUUUGGUCUGGUGUUCAUCAGAAGGAUUUAUAAGCUGCAGAACUGAUGAGACAUCAGAAGGCUCUUACACUUGGUAACUGAUGCGGCUCUUCACAGAUAUGACUGAGCUUCCAAGCCUGAAAGGAUGAGUUCGAAGACCAAGAGAAAAUCUAGAAGGCCCUUUGGGGCCACAGCCCCGCCCUUCCUUGACUACCUGCAGGAUAUUCUCCGUCGAUAUCCGGAUGGCGGACAGAUUUUGAAAGAGCUGAUUCAAAAUGCAGACGAUGCUCAAGCCACAGAAGUGGUUUUCAUCCAUGAUGAGAGAAGCUAUGGAACUGAGAGCCUUUGGACCAAUGAAUUGGGAGAAUACCAAGGUCCUGCUCUCUACGCCUACAACAAUGCUGCGUUCACGGAGGAUGACUGGGAUGGAAUUCAGCUGGUCGGGCGAAGCGGCAAACGCAACGACCCAAACAAAGUCGGGAGGUUUGGUAUCGGCUUCAACUCUGUUUACCACAUAACAGAUGUGCCAUGUAUAUUCAGUUCAAAGCACCUGGGCAUGAUGGACCCCCAGGAAAAGAUAUUUGAAAACGAGAAGGGUUUUCUGUGGUCUUUGGAUGACACAGAACACCAAGAUGCUCUAACGACUAUGAUCGAUCAGUUCCAACCAUUUCGAGAUAUAGUUUCACUUGUAAGCAGGCAAGAAUGGUCAAAAGUCAUCGUGGACGAUCAACACUUUGACGGGACAAUCUUCAGGUUCCCCUUGCGCAAUCAGGCAUCAGAUAUUUCCGAUAAUCUGUACGACACUAACAAGGUGGUCGAGCUUUUUGAUAGCUUUAUUUUGGAUGCAGAUUUGAGUCUUCUGUUCCUGAAAAAUGUGACCUCUGUGACCUUGAUCCACAUCAAUGCACACGGCACUGUAAACAAAAGACUUGAGGUGAAGUCCUCCGUCCACACAGAUGUCAUUCUGAAGUCAAAAGACAAGUCAAUUGUUGAGGGUUCAACCAGGUUUAAACUGAUAACUCUCAACUCAGAGAAACAAAAAGUCACAAAGUGGCUGGUGACAACAUGUACCAUGAAAGAAGGCCACGUUGAAAAUCUUGAUUCACUGGCAAAGAAGUUGAGCUUUUUCCCUCAAGUUGACUUGGCAUUCCCGUGUGGUGAGAAGACAGAUUGUAGUGAGAGUAGACUGAGCUGCUUCCUUCCUCUCCCAAACAACGAAUCCAACAAGACAGGCCUCCCGGUUUAUAUCAACGCCUGCUUUGGCCUCACAGACAACAGAAGACAUAUCAAGUGGCAAGAGGACGACCAGAAACACGACGAACAUGCCGUGUGGAAUGAAUUGCUGAUGAAGGAGGUGCUCCCACACGCAUACCUCAUGAUCAUUCAAGAUGCUAUCACACUUGCCCAAAAAUCGUUUCUACCCGUCCCGUCCGUGUACGAUCUGUGGCCAGACAUCGCUCAGAUACCACACAAAGACAAGUGGUAUGUCGUUGCUCUGGAUGUCUUUCAUCACUUAUUCAGCCAGAAUGUAGCUGUCCUCUCUCUUGCCAAAGAUGAAAGAGCGUUCAUCACUCCGUCAGAAGCCGUGUUGCCUUGUAAUGGUCCAACCAGCCCCGACACAUUUGCCGCCAUUAAAAGGACUCUGGUUUCAUGCGGAGAAAAUCUUGUCACUUUACCAGGUAGUGUUUCAAGGGCUUUAAGUAAGGCGUACCCACGCCCCCUAAAACAUGUGACUCCAACUUUCCUGAGGGACAUUCUCCGUAGGAUUGGUGUGCACAACAUCUCUAAAGAGGACAAACUCUGUCUUUUGGAAUACGUCUUAAGUGAUGGACAGUACAAAGAUCUCCAGGGCCUUCAGCUACUUCCACUCAACGAUGGCUCUUUCAGAUCCUUUUCAAACAGAGAGGAAGACACUGCUUUGAUUGACAGCAGGGAUUUUCCAAGAGUCUUGCUACCAUUCUGCAAACACCUCUUCAUCCCAGAUGAUCUCACUCCCGUGUGCAGAGACCACCUGAAAGAACUGGCCAGAAAAAAUUUAUUUAAGGUCAUCAACAUUGGUGCAGCCCAUGUUGCCGAAUACACAAGGAGGUAUUUGCCACAAGACUGGAAGCAGAUGAGGACAGGGCUUGUCACCUGGGACAUCCGCCGCAACCAACAUCCGCCUUUAGACUGGCUCCAAGAAUUCUGGAAAUUUCUCAACAUGCACUUCAAAGAGUUAAGUCGUUUCACUGGAAUGCCAUUAAUACCAGUCAGUCCCCUGUCUGCCAGUCAGCCUGUAUCACUUGCAAGACUGGAGCAGAAAACAAUCCUCAUUUUUCAGAAGAGCAAGCAGAUGAACUUGCCAGAACAAAUAGCUCAGUUGCUGAGCAAAGUUGGUGGGACAGUGGUGAGAGGAAACGAUUGGCUCACACACAAAGACCUGGACUCGUACGUGCUGUGUCCAUCUCCAAAGAGUGUCAUGAAAGUCUUGGCGAACUUAGAUUCUCAGGUUAUCAUCAGAGAAUUCAAGACUGCUUCUUUCAAAGCACGAGAAGAACUGAAAGAGUAUCUUUCUUACCUCGACUUUCGAAUGGAUUCUCUCUCCAAGGCUGAGAAAGAUCUACUCUCCCAGUUGCCUCUUUUUCAGACCAUGAAAGGUGCCUGUGUUGCAGCUCAAUCAAAACAGGCUGUGCUUCUUACUUCUGGUCUAACAGUACCAGCAGAGUUCCCCAUGCCCGAUUCUGUUGUGCAGUGUGCAACUGAGGCUGAUCGCAGACUGUUACAGCUGCUGAAGGUUAAUCUCUUGAACACUGCUGAAGCGACCAAUCUCCUCAUUGAUUGUAUUGAGAGGGGAGCUCUCAAAAAGCAAGACACUGAGAACAUUAUGACUUGGAUCUUACAGCACGGUGAGAACCUUUUCCCUCAAAAUCAGACCUUGAAACGCAGAUGUAAGGCCUUAAGCUUCAUGGAGGUGAAUGGAAAGCCAAGAAACACCUCAAGUCUUUUUGAUCCAGGAAUUGAAAACUUCAAAGUAAUAUUUGAUUCAGAUUUCUUCCCCCCACCCUCCUACACUCACACACCGCAGAUGCUUCAAAGCCUAAGAGAUCUCGGAUUGCUCUGUAAAGAAGUCGAUGUGUCACCUGAGCACUUGCUACGAGCUGCCACACUGAUUGAUGGACAUCAUGCUGAUUCUCAAACUGAAGCUCUCAACAGAGCUGAGGUGCUCUUGAAGAUGUUGGACACCAAUGAUCUACUCUCAAAGUUUUCUGCUCAACAGCUUCAUCACCUCAAGAGGCUAAAAUGGAUCCCAUGUCUUGAUUUUGGUAAUAACCACAAUAAUGACAGAUUUCAGAAACGUUGUUUCUUCUGCCCGGAUGAAAUAAGACAUUCUGUGUACAAAGACAUUGUUGGGCAUGUGAUGCCCCUGGUGGGAAAGUUCAGUGACAGAGUGAGCAGCCAACUUGAUCUUAAGCGCCAGCCCCCGCCGCAAAAAGUAGUAGAGAAUUUGUUGGUCCUGGAAUCAAAAGCAAAGGAAAUGGCGGACCCUGACACAAAUGUAGAUUUCAAGAGGAAAUUGCAUAGCAUCUACAAACACAUGCAGGAGCACAUCUCAGAAUUUUCCAAAUUGAUGAACAAGGACACUCCCUGGCUGUGGAACCGCCAGCAGUUUGUUUCCAUUCAGGAUCUGGUUCUAGACUACCCACCCAAUCUCGAUCUGAGCUCUUACAUCGGGAAGGUGCCAAGUGAAUUUAGGCCAUACAAAAACUUGCUCCGGGAGCUCGGCCUGAGAAUGUUGUUUUCAGAUGAAGAAAUUAUUGAUAUUCUUUAUUCUAUCCAGAAAACCAUUGAAGAAAGGCAGCAACCAUUUGCAAAUUCCUCUGAGGUAAAAGUGUCAAUAGAAAUCCUCAACUGGCUGUGGAGAGAGAAGAAGAAAGUUGAGGAUGACAUCCCUGUUCCAGUUCUCAUAGAUGGUGAACAACAUGCCCUGAAACCACUGUCAACUGCAGUUUUCUGUGAUGUCAGCAAAAAUGGGUUACAAGAGUUUAAGUACAACGAAGAGGAAAUUCAUGUUGUUCAUGAAGAAAUCCCAAGAGCUGCUGCUGAAUGGUUUAACAUCCGAUUUCUCAGUACCCACAUCCUUGAUCCAGAGUUGGUGGGCAUAGAACAGUGUGGACAAUCUGAACCCAUAACAAUAAGGAUAAAAAACAUUCUCAAAGAGUAUGAUGAAGACAGUGACAUCUUCAAAGAGCUGAUUCAAAAUGCAGAAGAUGCUGGGGCCAAAGCCUGCAAGUUCUUGGUGGAUUUCAGAGUACACAAAGACAGUCCUGAAAGUCUCAUUGACCCUGACAUGACUCUUUGUCAAGGGCCUUGCCUUUGGGCAUUUAAUAAUGAGCAGUUCACAGCUGAGGAUUGGAAAAAUAUUGUCAGAGUUGGUUCUGCCUCGAAGGAAAACAAAGUGGAAAAAAUUGGAAAGUUUGGACUUGGAUUCAAUACCGUGUACCAUGUGACCGAUAUUCCUUCGGUCCUCAGUGGCAACAGUCUUCUCAUACUUGAUCCAAAUGUGACACACCUCAAGAAGCACAUUAAACUAAAUACAAAUCCUGGAAUCAAGCUGGAUCUCUCUCAGAAACGACUUUUUCAUUGCUUUCCUGGUCAGUUUGGACCAUAUGAACGCAUUUUUGAUUGUAACUUCAAGAGGGACGGUCCUACUGAGCCCUAUGCAGGCACUCUGAUUCGACUUCCUUUCAGAACUGAAGAAGAGGCUUCCAAGUCAGAAAUAAGUUCAAAGGUGUAUCACAAACACAAUAUUGUCACUUUUCAACACCACUUUACAAACAAUUCACAAACACACCUGCUGUUUUUAAAGAACAUUAAUACAUUGUCGCUACAGCGUAUCUCAAACAACGUAUCAACUCCCCCGAGAGAAGACGAAAUCGAAACCGUCCUGACUGUGUCCAAAACCACUGUGAGUGCAAUUCAGAUUCCUGAUGAAUAUGUCUUUCAGCCAAACCAACGUGAAGCUGAGAAAUUACUGAAGAAACUUGAUGGAAAAUGCAAAGAAGUCAUUGACUGUGGCAAAGUCAACGUUGUCCAAAUAACUAGUCAGCAAUCUGGUGUAACUGAAGUCCAGCUCUGGCUUCUUUACAGCUGCUUUGGGACAAAUCAGUCAUUGCAAAUGGCUCUGGAGAAAAACAAGCAAGCCACGUUCUCUUUGCCCAUUGGUGGGAUUGCUGUGCCUUUGCAACAUGAUCCAGACACUGGGAAACUGACCCCGUUGCAAACAAAUCUAGUUGGACAGGCAUUUUGCUUCCUCCCUCUUUCUGUUCAUACUGGUCUUCCAGUCAAUGUAAAUGGAACAUUUGCUGUGACGAGUAACCGAAAAGGACUGUGGGAGAGUGGGCUGAAACACAACUGGAACAAAGCCCUUCUUCAGGAUCCAGUAGUGACGGCGUAUGUUACUGCACUUUUGGCACUAAAGACAAUGUCUGAAAACAAGCAACUGGAACAUUACUGUUAUCACACAUUUUGGCCUGAUAGAGAGAAAGUGAGUGAAACCUUCAAGCCUUUGGUCGAUGCAUUGUACACCACCAUUGCUCAGCACUCUCGUGGCCUGGAGCUCUUUAGUGAUGGUGAAUAUUGGUGCCCAAUUAACACUGCCAUUUUUCUACACGAGAGCAUCGAAGAGGAUAAGGACAUCAGUGCACUUGCUAUGCAGGUAUGCAAGAAACAUGCAAAAUCACCAAGCCGCCUUGUUCCUCUUCCACUGUGGUUGAGAAAUGGCUUCAAAAAGUGUGGCCUCGAGGACGUUUUACAGAAGAGAACAUUGACCUGGGAGAAGUUUUAUCAAGAAAUAGUGUUUUGCAACCUUAGUACCAUGGAUCCUAAGAGCAGAGAUACUCUUGUGCUGCACGCUAUUGACCUAAAUAACAAAGACAUCGACAAACUACUUCUGCGUUAUCCAUGCAUCCCCACAAAAGGUGGACAACUCCAGCUCAUCAGGAAACUUGUGAAUCCGUCAGGGAGAGUAUCCCUUCUUUUUGAAACAGACGAGGGACGCCUGCUUGGGGGUACCAAAAAUGACUUUUGCUCCCCCAAAAGGAUUCAACGUUUGUUGGAACUUGGAAUGGCAAAUGAUCAUCUACCACUGGAAGACAUCAUGCAGAAAGCAGGCACAAUCCCCAAAACCUGGAGCACAGACAAAAGGAAGGCAUUUGGGCAUUUGAAUUGCCUGAUCGAACUCAUGAAGAGUCACACACAUGACAAAGAUUCUCCCCACUGGGAAACACUGAGAAUGACUGAAUUUCUCCCAGCAUUUCGCCCCGGCGACACCAAAAUGGAAAGAAGCGCAACAUUUCAAAAACCCACUGCUCUUUUUACUGCCAAAUGCUCCCCCCUUGUGAACAUGACACAGCAUGUGCUCGAUCAAGACAAUCUGAAAAUACACAACGCUGAUGCAGUCCUGCAACUUUUGGGAGUUCAUGACAGACCAAGUUCUGGCGAGGUACUUCAGCAGCUGCAAGAAGCAUGUAAGAAAUCUGAAUCCAUCGACGCAUCCACGCUUCACAAAAUCGCAUCGGAGUGCUAUAAGUUCCUGAAUCAGUGGCUCAGUGAGUCUGGGGAUUCCACUUUCAUUUCCCAGAGGGCAAAUUCAUUCCCAUUCAUGCUUGUUGGCAGUACAUUCGUAAAUGUGAACUGUGUAGCUGAAAAUGGGGAAUUUGAAGCAAAACCAUACCUCUACAUUCUUCCAACUGCCUUCAUUGAUUACAGGAGGCUCUGGGAAAGUGUAGGUGUUGAAAAAUGUUUCACAACCAGUCAGUUUCAAAAUGUGCUCAAGGAGGUGCAUUUCCAAAAUGGUAACAAACCCUUGCCGAAGAGUGAUCUAGCAAUGUGCCUGAAAAUUCUCAAAGAAGGGAUAUUUGAGGAAAAAGUCAAGACAACUAUUGACCAACUCAUACCCAACCAACAUGGUGUUUUACAACGUGCAAGUGAAAUAUUUUACAAUGACAGCCCAUGGAUGCCAGUCGAUCCCGGUGUCACAUUAUGUCACGAGCUUCUCCCUCGUGUUGUGGCACGCUACUUCGGAAUCAAAACUACCAAGCAUCAUACCCUCGAAAACUCCCAAGAUGAGGACAUUUCACCAUUUUCUUUUCCAUUUAAACAGCAGGAAGAACUAACUGUUCGAAUUAAAAACAUAAUUUCUGCCUAUCCAGCAAAGAAGGAUAUCCUUAAAGAGCUUAUUCAAAAUGCUGAUGAUGCAGAGGCAACAGAAAUUCACUUUGUUUGGGACAAAAGACAUCAUGGCAAAGAAAAAACCUUUGGGAAGAAAUGGAACCAGCUGCAGGGUCCAGCACUGUGCGUUUUCAACAACAAGGUGUUUUCAAAAGAUGACCUGCUCGGCAUUCAACAGCUGGGAGAAGGAGGAAAGCACAACUCUCCAGGGAAGAUAGGAAAAUAUGGAAUAGGAUUCAACUCUGUUUACCAUCUAACUGACUGCCCCUCAAUCCUCACUGGAGAUGAAAAACUCUGCAUUUCUGAUCCAAAUCAGAAGUACAUUGAAAGUUCUUCAGGCAAACCACCAGCUGGCACUGGCUAUAAGCUAGUUGACACCUUCAAGAACAUGUACAUGGAUGUCUACAAAUCCUUUCUUCCAGACCAUUUUCCUCUUAAACAAGGCACCAUGUUCAGAUUACCUCUACGGAUGGGUACCAUGGCAAACUCCUCUAAAAUUUCCCAGAAGGGUGUCACUGAAGAGGAUAUGAGAGAACUGUGCUCUGCUCUCGCUGAAGAUCCCGAAGGACUCCUUCUGUUUCUGAAAAACAUCUGCAAAAUAAAAGUCCAUGAAAUCAAUGAACAUUCAGAGCAACUUAAAACCAUCUUUGAGGUGGAAAAAACUGUACCAGAGGAAUGCAAAGGAAAAAAAGAGGCUUUUGUAAAACUUCAACAAAAUGCGCUGCAAUCAGACAAUGCAACAAUGGCAGAACAAGUGAUUUACAGAACCUUGAUUUCAACCUCCAAGAAAAGACAAACUGAAUGGAUCAUUGCGGAACAGUUUGGCUCAUUUAAAAACUGUGGUGACACAGAGCCAACACAACCUGUCAAGCUACCCCAAGUAGCCAUAGCAGCGCGUGUAAACAUGAAGAUGGGCAUAAGUUCAGAUGGCGUAUUUUCCAGCCCUGAGAACUUUAUCGGUCAAGCCUUUUGUUCACUUCCUUUGCCAGGGGAAACUGGAUUGCCAGUGCACGUCAAUGCAAACUUUGAGGUAGAUUCUGCAAGGAAAAACCUUUGGAAAGAAGACGGGCAGAGUACUAAAUCUAACUGGAAUGAAUCUUUGAGACAGAAUGUCAUCGCUCCACUGUAUGGAGAUCUCCUUCAUUACAUGAGCUGCGCCAUGGCGAAAAAGAAAGUGACUUUUCAACAGAUUGAGUCAGGCUACGUAUGUUUUUGGCCAACUGUGUCCACUCGUGUUGAACAAGAUUGGCAUGAAAUGAUCCAUGAGGUAUACAGAUCAGUCAAAGAGAGAGGCCUCAAUGUGAUUCCAGUGAUGCGACGUUCCAAAAAAAUAAUUGCAGGCCAAACAUUUCAGCUGUACUCCUUUGACUGGUGUAACAUUAGAGAAACUGACACAACUAAGGCACCUUACCUGACACAUGAUCUAAUGGAUGAGAUCUAUCACAUUUUGGAAGAUCUUGGAAUGACUUUGGUUCCGUUUUCCAUGAAUCCUGUUUGGAAAGGUUUCCGAUCCGCUGACCUUGAAGUGAAAGAAGUGAAUCCUUUAAGUGUCAGGACUUUCCUGAAAGAAAAACCUCUUAAUGACCCAACCCACACUCAUCAGCAAUUACCGUUGCCCAUAAUUGCCACUUUAAUCAGAGAUGAAAAAAGAUUUUCGCAGCUCUUGAGUUUCUGCUUGAAAGAUUUGGACUUAAAAAAGGUCACCAAGGACAUUGCCAGUUCCUUCAAUGGGCUCCCACUGCUUCUCACGAGUGACAAGGUUUUGGAAGUGUUUAACUCUAAGUCUCCCAAGCUGAUAUCAAGAUAUAGCCGUCUGUUCCUUGGCUACGAAGCCCAAUUUGCAGAUUUUCAGUCCAACAAGGAUCACAUUGAAGCUCUAAAAAGUUUAAGCCUGGUCAAGAGUUUGACGCUUCCCUGUGCAGUGGAAUAUCUAAAGCCAUUAAUUCAGCAGCUUCUCCAGGAAUGUCAAGUUGAUUCAUACAGUGGACUUCAUGUCCCGAACAAGACCACGUUGGAGUGGUUGAAGUCACUUUGGAAGUUCUUAAUGAGUGAAAUUAAACCAUUUAGUUUCAUUUCAAUGAGUGAUAAACAAAGCCUGACAAUAAGUGAGGUACGGCAACUCUUCAAUGACUGCUGCAUUUUACCUGUUGUCUGUCCAAGGCGAAACAACAAGCUCCUCCUGCAAGCAGUGAGAAACAUGCCAAGUGUGAUCCAGAUUGAUUCAGAAAAAAACUCAGGCAUCCUCUUUAAACUUGGGUUUAUGAAGCUUGACAUUUUAUUCUUCAUAGAGUAUGUAGACAAAGAGAUUCUUUCACUUCUAUCCUCUGAACUUCUGAAUGUGAAAGAUCAAAGCUCUGUGUUGGACCAGGUCGUCAACAUUGACCACUCAGAGUUUUCAAAGCUUUCUCCCAAAGAGAUGAACGAGCUACAGUGUUUCCUGCAGUCUGGAGUGUCCAGGUCCGAAGACAAACAGGAGUAUCAAAAAAAACUCAAGUCAUUGCCAUUAUUUGAAACAGUCCAUGGUAACAGAGUGAGGAUUGAUGGGCCCAGAGAGGUAUUCAUCCUCAACAGCAUGUAUUCAAAGGAGUUUCCCGAAUUGUUCAAGUUGUCUGACAACAUUUUUCUACAAUGUAAUGUAGAGAACUGCAGUCUGUCACAAGCAUUGAACAUCCAAACCCUGACUGAUUUGGACUACUUCAUGAAGUUCAUUCUGUCCAUUGUACACGGACUCACAGAGAUGCAAAUGUUCCAAUGCCUCAAACUGUUGCUGUCACCAUCCUUCUGUUACAAUCAGCAUAAGGACAAAAUCAUCUCCUCUAUAAAGGCAGUAAAAUGUAUUCCCAAUUGUCAAGGCAGAUUGGAGACAGCAUCGUACUACUUUGAUAAGCGUGUCCCGCUAUACGAGAAAAUGUUGCCCCAAGAGAGAUUUGUGCCUGAGACAUUUUGGACUGCGCUAUGUGAAGGAGAUCCGCAAAAAGCAAAACAGUUACUGAGAGACCUUGGGAUGAAGCAUGUUGUGUCAACAGAUGACAUAAUCAAUUUUGCACGACAGCUGGAAUCAGAAGCAAAAAGAAACGGUCCACUUGAAGACUUGAAAAAAAAAUCGUCACUAAUUUUCAAAGCAGCCUUGUCUAUUGUGAGUAAUGACGAAAGCAAAGAGGAAAAGUUGCUGGAGACCAUCGCAGACAUUAAGUUCAUUUUUCCUGUGAAAAUUCAAAAAGAGCUGUGCAAAUAUCACCAACCAUUUGCUGGGGAGAGAACUGCUGUUGGAAUAAGAGGAUCUUUGAUAGAAAGCGAUGAAAAGCAUCAAGAAUUGAUUUGGUCAUCAAUGCCAAUCAUACAUGUCCCUUGUUAUAAGUCAAAGAAGCUCCUGAAAAUGAUGGAAAAGGCAGGAGCGCUUGAACAACCACCUUCACGCUGUGUAACCACGAACAUGAGCAACAUCUGUCAGUCGCCAUGUGCAACUGACCAGUUGGUCAGAACCCGCGCUAAGGUGUUCCGAAGUGCGUAUGGCCAUCUGCAAGCUAGCGGGGUUGAAGGACGACCAUUGGCUGGUCUUCCAGUCGUGUUGGUUGAAAAAGACAAAGGACUUGAGCGUAGUGAUGUUGUGUCUUUUUCACUCCCUCAUGACAGAGAGUUCAGACCAUAUUUCUACAAAAUUUCUCCGCAGGAUGUCAAAUUUGCAGACUUCUUCAAGAACAUUGGUGUAAAUGACCAUCCCACUGCAGCUCAGUAUUGUCAUGUUCUGGCAGCGGUUUAUGCUGAUUCCUGUGAUAAGCCACAACUGCACCCAAACCAACAGGAAACCGUGAAGCGUGCCGUUGAGCAGUUUUUCAACUUACUCAAAACUGAAGGAAAACAGUCCCUUGGUGAUGUAAAGACGUUGUAUCUUCCUGCAGUGGAUGGUAAAUUGAACCCAUCCUCCAAUCUCUACUACAAUGACACCGUGUUUGAGAUUAAAAGGUUGGAAGAAGCGCUCGAGAACAAGUUCCUGUUGCUCGAGAAACUCCGAGAAUGUUAUUUGGACAGCGACAGAUACGAGAACCAUCGAUUGCUACAGUGGCUGCCUCAGAAUUUCAUGCCUAAAAUGCUGUCUCAAGUCACUGAGGAGAAAUUAGUGGAAACACAUGCGCAGCUUUGUGAGCUUGAAACGGACUGCGAAUUUAGUCGAUGGUUUGAAGAACAUCUGUCCUCUCCAGCGUUUACAUAUGGACUAAUUUGCCUAAUCAGAGACCAGUCCCAGGGAGAAAAAACACAGAAGGAAGCUGAUGACAUGUGCAAGAAGACCUUUGGCAGAAUUCAGAUUAAUUGCUGCAGAAGUUUGAUAACAAAGCUUUGGGUGGAUGGACAACCGCUGAACAAAACUGACACGGAAACCAAUGUUUUUGUCAAAAAAGACCAACAAAAUUGCUUUUUUUUCUUGAAACAUAAUGAUGCCAUGGACUUAAUGGUGAUAGAUGGCAUCAAUAUGACAUUGGCAGAAGAGAUAAAUGUCCUUUUAGGUAACACAAUGGGAUCAAAUCACCUCCAAGUCCUCAGGCAUCUUCUCACAUGUGGCACUCGUCAAGAUGUUCAGAAAUGUUUGGCUAAGAAUGGGAUCCUUGACAGUGCUGAAGCUGAAAGUCUUUUUAAUCCACCAGCCCCUGGAUCAGAAAUUCCAGAAGAAUGGGUCGACUCCUUAGACAUGAGCAUCCUUAAUAACUUUGAAGAGGGGGAAUAUGUUGGCUAUUACACGAACGACAAGUACGUGUAUGCAGUUGUUGUUGAAGAACUGUCUGGGCCCUUUGGGCUCUAUAGACAAAGAUACAAAAUAGAAAUCGGACAAGAUGAGCCGAUUGAAGUCAGUUGUCUUGACAUCUAUCAGUUUAAACGACCAAAGAAGGCGGAACCCGGAGGGGGGACUUGCACAUCUGCUGAAGCUUCUUGCAUGGACUUGGUGACCCUGGCAGGAGAUGUGCCUCAUUCUUCCAAACCAUCAGCUGCAAGUUCGUCAUCUACAAGAUCCUCGCCAGCAUCUGUUGACGAAGCCAAAAGAGAAAUUGACAAAUGCUUGAAAGAUAUCUGGCCUCUUCCGCAGGAGGAGAGGCUUAAAGCCAUCAAACGACUGUGGCUCAGGUGGCAUCCUGACAAAAACCCAGACUGCCCAUUUCUCGCCACUGAGGCAUUCAAAUACCUAAAUAAUCGAAUUGAGGAGCUCAAGAGCGGCAAAAGCAAAGGAACAACUGCAGGCUCGUCCCACGCGAGCGGAAGCUCAAAUUUCAGCCACUUCUAUGGGCAAUGGGAGCAGGAGGCCAGGCGUCACAGAAAUAAUCGAGAGAGAUUCUCCAGAAGCAACAAUUCCUACAACUUUUGGACCCAUAACGAAAAUGUCCCGAGGCCAAACAAAGAGGAGGCCCACCGCUGGUGCCGACAGGCCCGGUGCGAUCUCAACGCAGCUCGCAACGACAUUGGCGGGGCGAGCACAGAGUGGUGUCUGUUCAAGAUCCACCAGGUGGUGGAAAAGGCGCUCAUAGCUGCGCAUUAUAAAAGAGACGGUCAACAUCCCACCAGCACCUCCAUUUCGGCCCUCGCUGACGAGGUUUCGCUCUACAACCUUCAGCUGAGAGAUCUGCCACUAAUGGUCGCCGAGCUGAAGACUCUGGGAGUGGAUGCCAAAAAGACUCAGUAUCCAAAAUAUCAUCCAGCCCCCCACAUUCCCAAUGAGCGGUUUAAAUCAGAGAAUGCAGUGGCAGCAGUGAUCCAGGCAUCUGAGCUCCUUGGUAAAAUAGAGGCAUAUGUGAAUUAGGGAUCAACAGACAUGUUGGCAGAGAGGAUUGGAGAUGUUCCCAUAUUGAAACAUUACUAAAAACAAAAUGUCUUAACAUUCUUAUGUUUCAAAAUUCGGAAAUGUCCUUACUGCAGAUGAGUUUAUUUAUCACUAUGUGUGAACAUGAUUUUUGAUUAUUUUAGUAAUUUCAUCAUUCUUUACUUUUGACAGAGGACCAAUAUAAUAACUGUUUGUAAUGUUAUGUUUAACUACUCACUGAAUUCCAUUAUAAUCACUUCAUGACCUCGUUAUGAAAAAGAAAACAAAAAAUAUUUUUUACUUUUUGCAAUGUUAUCAUUUAUUACCACUACACCAAUAUAUUCACUUUGUCCUGAGAAUGAAAAUAUAAUUUGUUUUUCCAACGUUAUGUUUUACUACUCAUUGAGUACAAGUUGAAUCACUGUAUGACCUUGUUAUGAAAAUGUAAAUACCGCAGUGUAUUAUUUUUUGCCACGCUAUGUUUUUUACUCCUUUGUGUGCAUUGUAACUUCUCAUUGAGGACCAAAAUAAUCUGUAUGACCUUAUGAAAAUCAGUAUAAUUUUUAUUGCAGAGUUGUCGUU